AAUACUUAUGCUAUAUUGUCGUUAAUUUAACACAUUUAAAUGCACAGCAACCGAAAAAUGCUUUUAUAAAAGAAUUCGCUCAAACACACUAUGUGCAGUAAGAUGCGCAUAAUGUCACUUUUAAUGUGAACAAUAAAAUGAAAAUUUGAAGCCACGUCUUAAAUAAAACACAAAUCAACACCACGCGACAAUCAUUUCUUUAAUAUGUGUAAGCGAUUGUUAGAUGUUUUGUACAUAUUUGAUUUACGUCCCUAUCUUGUCCUAUACACAUCAACUCAGAUUCUUAAAUGAAAUUAAACCUUCCUUGGCUUUUUUUACAGAAUGUCAUCAAAGCAGUGGAACGUCUGGAAUCACGUGAUUUAGUAGCUGAUGGAUCACGUGACUACACUUUACCCACAGUUCCCGGAAAACAUGGCGACCUCAAGUCAAUCACACAUGGAACGAUGGCAGAUGUGUUGGACGGAAAAUACAGCCACCAGAUAGGGAAAGUGACGAUAGUAGAUUGCCGUUAUCCUUACGAAUUUGAUGGAGGUCAUAUCCAAGGUGCCGUCAACAUGUACACAAAAGAUGACGUCAACAGUCUUCUUCCGUCACGAGACACGUCCGAGAAACCACACAUUCUCGUAUUCCACUGUGAAUUCUCGUCGGAAAGGGGUCCGAAAAUGUAUCGAUUCUUGAGAAGUCAGGACCGUGAACUGAACAAAGAACAGUAUCCCAGACUCAACUUUCCGGAAGUCUAUCUACUGGACGGCGGUUACAAAGCGUUCUUCGCAACACAAAAGGAAUACUGCGAACCUGCAGACUACAAGCCAAUGCUCCACGAAGAUCACGUGGCUGAUUUACGUCACUUUCGGGUUAAGUCAAAAUCAUGGACGGAAGGAGAGAAACAGAAGACAAGUAAACGUCAACGCAGUCGACUUAAUCGCCAUCUUAGUUUCUGA